UAAAUAUAAUCUGUGUUUCUGAGAUUUGUUUCAUGUUUGUAAACAAUUUAAAACAUUAAAAAUCUUAAUAAAUAAUAAAUACAGUUUAUUUACAUGAUUAAUAUAUAAAAUAAUUCUUUAUUUAACUGAAAAGAAACAUUUAGUCAAAAUGGUUGAGGACACCAGUUUAAAUUCAAACAAAUCAAAGACUAAAACUACUCGUCCGAAAGCUGUCUACUUGUGGAGUGAGGCAGACGUGCAGAAGUGGCUCCGUCGACAUUGUAGUGAUUAUUACAACUUGUACUGGGAGAGAUUUCAUGAGCACGAUAUAACUGGCAGGGCUCUUGUCCGGAUCAAUGACAACACCUUAAUCAGAAUGGGAGUAACCAACAAGGAGCAUCGGGAAGCGAUCUGGCGCGAGAUCCUCAAGCUGCGGCUCAAGACAGACAUAGUUGAGAUACGAGACCUGGAGAGGCGCCAUUACUAUUUCAACUAUGAACUUUAAAUUUUACCAAAAUCCAGAUCACAAUGCUCAGCAUCUACAUUGAUUUCAUUGGUAUGUUGUAAUCUUUAUUUGCUAGCUAUAGCAUACGGCUUCACCUGUAUGUAUGUACUUUUUCUAUUCUUAUACCGGAAUAGUACUAUUAUAUGGGUGAAAAGUUACACUUGACAACAUUCAUGGAAAAUUUUAUGACGAUAAGUUCAGUAGUUAUCAAUUUUAAGUGCCUAUUUUAUUUUAUGUACAUGAUUUUGUAAUUAUAAUACUUAAGAGAGCAUUUUUAGAAAUAAGAUUAGUAAAUUAUUAAAAAGUUAUUUUCAGAAUGUUAUAAUCUUUAAUAAUGUAAUUUUACACUUAAAGUUUAUAUUUAUUUCAGUAAAUAAAAUAAUAAAUUAGUUUUCUAAAUAAUUA